AUGCAGCGCCCGAAUGUCUCUCUGCUCUAUGCCCUCGCACUGCUCACUGCUGCGCUAAUAGAAAAAGCCGACGCGGCCGCUGUCACCGACACGGUAGUCACAAACAGAACGACUUCCAACAUGGAAUCUUCGACUGAGACCCAUUCGGAACUUCAAACUAGAAGGUUUCAACGACUUGACAAGACCGAGGAACGAACUUCCCCAUUUGCUUCGAGCAUUUCGUCGCUUUCCAAGCCUUUGACCGAGUCAAUGAGGCCGAUGAUCAAGACCACCACUCGGUCUUUUGCCACCGUUCCGAUGACAAAGUCGUCUUUUAAACUCCUGGUUCGGUCGAUGCGGUCACCGAUCAAGAAAAACAGCUUGCGGGCUCGAUACUGGCUAUGGCGAAAAGAAACCGUUGACAGUGUUUUCAAGCGCUUGGGGCUCGAUAAGGGACUGGAGGAGACUUUGUUCAGUCCGAAAUUCAAGGCGUGGGUCACGUUCGUUGACCUUGUUAACUUGCACAACCCCGAUAACAAAGUUUCCAUUGCUCGGGUGCUGUCGGAGACGUACACGGAUUUAGAGUUGGCACGAUCGAUCGAAGCGUCUUUCAGUCGGAGGAACAAACGUCCUUUGGUCGCGAGAUUGGAGAAGGAACAGAUGGAGAACUGGGAGCACGACGGAAAGUCGAUCAACGACGUUUGUAUGCUGCUCAAGCUUAACGUGAAAGGGGGUAACAUUUUUGAUCGUCCGGAGAUGAAUCGAUGGUAUUUGUACGCUGCAAAGACGAACAAGGUACACUACGUCACAUCUAUAAUCGAGGCUUUAUCGCGCAUGCACGGGUGGGAAAAGUUGCGCAGGAUGGCCCAUACAGCCAAGCCGCAACGUUUCAGAAUGCAGGAUAAAAUCGUGACUCUAAGGAGCAAAAUCGAUUGGUGGUACCAACACAAGGACUCGUUCUAA